AUGCAGAGUCCAACUCCCGACAACGAGGUGUUCUCAACGCCGCCCUCGACCCCCAGAGACUUCCUGGCCAUGAACGGCAGCACCGAACCCGACAUCCGUCCCUCUCUCACACGCAAGUCGUCCCGCCCACUCUCCAACUUGCACAUCGCGCACUUUGCAACCGGCGACAUCGAGCUCGAUCAGAACUCGCCCUCGCCUCGACCGCCUCAGACUGCAGCACCCACGCAGCCCAGCAAGAACUCAAAUAUAGCGCCCUCUCAACCGGCCGAGCAUCCUCAAACAUCACCCUCGGCCGCAUCUUCCUCCUCUGACUCGCCGUUUCACGUUGCCAACUCGCUGGCAUCACCCUACUUUGUGCAUUCAAACCUCGAGAACGGCAAUAGUCUCGGGGAUUUGCUCAAGGCGCGCACGGGCAACGGCCUCUUCGCCGAUCUGGGCGUCUCGAAGAGCUUACAGUCGCCCAUGAUCGAGUACUAUAAGCCCGGGCGGCUACAGCACACGCAGAACGGCGACGCGUACGAAGAUGACGACGACGAGUCGAGCGUGAGCUUGACGAAGCAUCUCGCCGAGACGGCCGUCGGUGUACGCGAGAUGAGCAAGCAGCUUGGACGAGCCCGCAUCAAAUCCAACAUCCAGAGCAUCCUCAUCGUCACCAAGGCCAGGGACAACCGCCUGAUCAAGCUCACGCGGGAGUUGGCGCUCUACCUUAUGCUCAAGAAGGGUCAGAACGGCCGAGGACCCAUCGUUUACGUCGACCAUCAGUUGCGCACGUCGCGCCGCUUCGACGCUGCUGGUAUCGAACGCGAAUACCCCGACUUGUUCACACCCUUCCCUCGCCGGAGAUCAUCCAGCAGCAACUCCGUCGCUUCCCUGUCUACGCUCUCCAGCCUUUCCAGCGCCGAUGCCAAUAAUGGCACGAACAUGAAUGAGGAAGGCCAAUUGCGAUAUUGGACUUCCGACAUGUGCAGUCGUAGCCCACACCUCUUUGACUUUGUCGUGACGUUGGGAGGUGAUGGUACGGUCCUCUUCACAUCAUGGCUCUUCCAACGCAUCGUGCCGCCCGUAUUGCCAUUCGCUCUCGGCUCGCUCGGCUUCCUCACCAACUUCGACUUCGCGGAUCACGCAUCCGUCAUGGACAAUGUCCUCGACAACGGGAUCCGCGUCAACCUUCGUAUGCGCUUCACAUGUACCGUAUAUCGCGCCGUGCGCGGGCCAGAGGGUGAACGUAAAAGGAAGGCCGUUAAGAAGGGCGACACGGGUGAGAUUAUGAUGCGUAACGUGGAGAAGGGCGGCUGGGAAGCACUUGAAGGCGGCACCAUGCACGAGCAUCGCCCGGCGAAGGACAAGGAGAUCAUGUGCUUCACAACGCGUCCUGUCGAGAGCUUCGAAGUACUCAACGAUCUGGUCAUUGACCGCGGACCCAGUCCUUAUGUUAGCAUGCUUGAGCUCUUCGGUGACGAGCACCAUAUGACAACCGUCCAGGGAGACGGUCUGACGAUCUCGACGCCGACUGGUUCAACUGCGUACUCUCUAUCCGCGGGUGGCUCGUUGGUACAUCCAGAGAUCCCGGCGAUUCUCAUCACGCCCAUUGCACCCCACACACUCUCUUUCCGCCCGAUGUUGCUACCGGAUAGUAUGGAGGUCCGUGUCUGUGUGCCGUUCAACUCGCGCAGCACGGCGUGGGUAUCGUUUGACGGUCGUGGGCGCGUUGAGCUCAAGCAGGGAGACCACAUCAAAGUCACCGCUUCGAAGUACCCCUUCCCAACCGUAUGUCACGAUAAACAAUCCACCGAUUGGUUCCACGCCAUUUCGCGUACGCUCAAGUGGAACGAUCGCGAGCGACAGAAAUCAUUCGUGGUCGUCGAGGAGGGCCCAGAGAAGAAGAAGGCGUCAGUCGAAGCGAACACGAAAGGCAAUGGUUGGGAAGAUGAUCUCUCUGGGCAAGAUGAGGAGGACGAAAACGACGAGGAUGAAGUCGACGAGAAGUUCGACAUCGAUGAUCUCUCGUCCGAGAACAAGCCCGAGGGCUCGGUUGCUCAGGUCGAUGUUGUGCGUAACACCUCGGCGCAGACCCUGGACACCGCCCGUUUGAAGGCAUUCGAGCAACAGUCCGACAACGACGCUGCACAUCGCGCCGCCGAAGCGCUCUUGAGCGGACGAGCGGUACCCGGUAAUCAACAUCGCUCCGGUCUACACUCGGGCGUUGACAGCCCCAACCGCUACAUCGCAGGCUCCCCGCCACACUUGCCACCUGCCCAGCAUCCGCAGUCCGCGCGCCACGUCCACUUCCCUCACCAACCUGCUCCACGGCCUCACAGUGGCGCUCAUGCGCCCAGCAGCGGUGGUGGUCCGCUCCGUGACGACGCGCGCACACCGACUGCUGCAGAGCACCGCCAUCGCUCACGCUCUCGAGGACGCUCGCGCGUCGAAUCAGCGCCCGCACCCCAACCGCGCGCUUUCGCGGUCUUCGGGGCUGACGAGAGCGACAGUGCACCUAGUGACACGGAGUCAUAG